CAGCAACAUUGAAAGAAGGCAGUUAAUGACGCUGCAGUAUGAGCGCAACCUAAGGAACUGUUCUACUUCAACAGAGUGGCAGCAGUUCUGCUGAUAGUUUGAUUCUGUGACGAAUAAGACUAUCUGUGAUAGUUUUUGUGCACCCAGUAAGGACCAUGGCAACAUACUUAAUUUAGAUCUAGUGUCAUUAAUGCUGGUUGCUCAGACUCCUCCUCAGAAAAUGUGAGACUCUUCCAGACUGAGGCCUUGGCCACUUCACAAAUAGUGAACCCAUUUUCUACAUCCAGACAAAAUUCACAAGCUUUAAUUUAUGGCCGUGUCGCUGCAAUCUGGGCCAGGACAAUAUGAGAUACUGGGUUUUCACAACAAAACGGCAUGAAGUCCCACUGGUCUCACAAUAACGUCGUGAGAACCAUCACUGGGGGGUUCCUCAGCUUUCAAGACACAUCAGCACAUUCUUCCCUACACAUCAGCAAAGACUUGGGGAGCUUUGAGCAAGAAAUCUUUUUGCAUAUCAGUGUCAUUUUGCAGGUACCACAUUCUAAGAACUGACCUACAUUAUAUCCAGAAAAUUUCCAAAUAGUAAUGGCCAGACUGCUGCAAGGUCCAUCUAAACUUCAUCCCUCAGAAUGGCACAAUGCAAACAGUAUGCAGCGUGCCAGUACAGAGGCUCAGAAAUCCAGGUCAGAAUGCAUGACAGCUGAGAGUUGGAGGCUGGUGGAUGAAAUAGAAAAGACAACUCAGAAAACCCAAAGUGAUGUCAACAAGAAAUUAGAACAGAGACGAGAAGAAAUAAAAUUCUGGAGGCAAGAAUUAGAUAACAAGCUGGAACAAAUUGUUCAUGAGACAGAGAUACUGUUGACUUUCAAGAAUAGGCUGGAGAGAGCUUUGGAGGGCUGCAAAGAGCAACUUGUCAUUGCCCAAAAGUGUCUCCUAUACAGGCAGAGGCGAGUUGGGAUUGACUUGGUGCAUGAUGAAGUGGAACAGGAACUGGUGAAGGAAGCUGAAGUCCUCCAGAGGAUUAUUGCUUUACUUGGACAUACAUUGGAGCAAACAAAUGAGCAAAUCAGACGAAAUCGUUCUGCAAAAUACAACCUGGACAUGGAUCUGAAGGACAAAUUCACAGCUUUGACGAUUGAUGAUUACUGUGCUAGCUUGACAAAUGACACUCCUUAUAUUAUCUAUGCUGAUAAUGCCAUGAAACUAGAAGGAAAUUUUGUUAGCCCUGAGGACUGGAUAGAUUUCUCAAACAUAAAUGUUGAAAAGGCUGACAAGCAGCGAAACAAUUCUUUGGCACUGAAGGUACUUAUUGAUGGCAUCCUCUCACAGACAGCAAAUGACAUGCGCAAGCAAUGUGAGAUGGUGAAUACUGCUUUUAGAAAUAGGGUGAAAGAAGUCAAGGAUGCCAAGCACAAGCUAGAAACACUUCUUGCAAUGGUGAUGGAUGAGACUGCCUCGCAGGAGAAGAACAUUGCAGCCUUAAAGAAAGCAAUCGCUGACAAGGAAGGACCUGUAAAAGUGGCUCAAACCCGCUUGGAAGUGAGAAACCAUCGCCCCAAUGUGGAACUGUGCUAUGACACAGUGCACAGCAGCCUGAUGAGUGAAGUUCAGGAGAUUACCAAAAAUAUUCAAAGAUUAAAGGAUGCAUUGGCACAGGCUCAGACAGAGCUGAAAGGCCUGAGCCGCCGACAGCUUUCCUUGGAGGAAGAGAUCAAGGUCAAGGAGAAUACACUGUACAUUGAUGAAGUACUGUGCAUGCAAAUGAGAGAGUCUGUUUGCAUAAACAAUUACUGAAGACAUCAUACCGGGAGAUUGUGCUCCAAAGAACCAGCUCCUGCUGAAAUUUUGACAAACUUGCAAAUUUAUUGACUUGACUCAAUGCUGUCUAGUUAUGUGAGGUAAUUAAAACAGACUUCGUACUUACAGCUAUCUGUUUCACAGCUAUCUAUGCUCUAAAAUGUUUGACGAAAUCCUCCACUCGGCAAUAAAAUUCCAGAAUAAUGAGAAAUGCCC